AUGACGCUUCGGAGCUGGACAACCAUGCGCCUCCACCUCCCACCGCACCGCCUACUCUUCCUUGUCCUCCUAGUCUCCGCCCUGGCGCACCACGCGCGCGUGGCGCAAGGGCGGCUCGUCGUGGUGGGUGUACGCGAUACAGGCGGGUUCCAGCACCCGUGGAACAGCGCAGUGGACUACCCGCAGUGGGAGAAGAAUACUGUGCUCGUUAUCGGAGACUCUGUUGUCUUCGAGUUUCCCCCUGAAGACGCCGUUUUCUCCUUCCCCUCGCAAGAGGCCUUCUCUGCGUGCGCCUACGCGGACGCCGCGCUCAUGUGCUCGGGCGCGCAGGGCGGCGGGCGGCAGUGCACGGCGGCGGUGGCGGAGACUCCGCAAUACUUCGCGUCUACUCCGCGGAACUGCCGUCUGGGGCAGAAGGUCACCGUUCAGGGCCGCCCCCCCCGCCAGGCGCGCUUGCUCCGCCGCGUUCUCGACGAGGCCCCCCCGCCCGUCCCCGCGCUCCCCACGGGCUCCCCCGCGGGUCUCGCCACCGGCGGAAGCAGCGGAGACGGCAUUCCGCCCGCGCUUACCGUGACGAGCCCCAGCGUGAUCGUGACCGUUGGAUACGCGAAGGGCGUGUACUCGUAUCCGUGGAAUCCGUCCGUCCAAUGGAGCGCGUGGGCUGCCGGCACGAAAAUUUACGCGGGCGACGUACUGUCCUUCAAGUACCCCAUGUACGCGGAGGAGGUGGUGCGCUUCCCGUCGUUCGCGGACUACCGCGCGUGCAACUACACGGCCGCGACCGUCGUGUGCUACGACGUGUGGGGGGCCGGCAGCGCCGGAUGCACCGUCAAGGUCGGCAACACCACCGCCUUCUACGGCUCGGGGCUCUACGGUCACUGCUACAACGGCCAGAAGUUCGUGCUGCAGCCCAUUCUGACCCGCGUGAUGGCGCGCGCGGUGACGGUGGGCGGGCCCACGCCGUCGUUCCUGUGGCCGUGGAACCCCGAGGUGGAUUUGGCGGACUGGAGCAAGAACAACCCCGUCUACAAGGGCGACACGCUCGUGUUCAAAUACGCCAAGUACUCCGAUGACGUGUACGUGGUCCCCACACUAACGGACUACACCAACUGCGACUAUCGCAACUUCGUUUCGUACUGCAACGGCACGGACGGCACGGGGAACGGGUGCGAGAGCGACCCUGUUACAAGCACCACCUACUUUAUCUCGGGCUUCUACAGUCACUGCAUGAGCGGCCAACGGGCCCCCUCCACAGACCUUCCAUAUGACACCCUCGAAAAGGCCGCGGCAAUCACGACGGGAGCGACGCCAAAAAUCCCCGCGGGGAUGGCGGUGCAGGGAAGCCCACACCUCAAAGCCCGCACGACGCUUUUCUUCGUGAUCUCCCUCGUGGCCUCAGCAUUGGCUCUCCUCGCGCCAGUCUUCUAUCUAUCUGCCGUCUCGUCCGUCGUGCCCAUUAGCCCGAGAUUCAUUUUUUCAUGGCCUCCCCGCUCCGCCUUCGCUGCCGCCGGGGACGCGGAUUCUCCGGCUUUUUCGGCGGGCGGCACCGCGGAGGGUUUCGUAGGCGGCGGCCAAGCUGCGGACGGGCGGGCGGAGUUUCGAACCAUGGUGGUGGGAAAAGGCCAGACGAUAGUGGUGGUUAGCAGCCGGAAGGACGAUAGCGAGGCAUCUAAUAUCGGAGAUAGCGCCGUGGGGAGUGUAAGGCGUGGCAAGGGGCCUUUCGAGGAAGGCUCGCUGGCGGCAGGCGAAUACGAAGGGGGAGUUGGCGGGGGAGGAGGAGACACAGGGAGCAUUGCUAAAGGGGCGGGCGAAACAAGAGCGGCUGCAGAUGCGAGAGUUGAAACAGCCGCAGCAGCAGAAGCAGGGGAAGGGACAUCAGGAGGGGAUACGCUGGUGGGUGUGCAGGGUAAAGUAAGCUCGGAGCCUGAGGGGGAUACCGGAGUUAGUCUUCCUACCACGAAACCUCUGUCAACGGAGCGCACUGACCUACCUCCCCUCCUUAACAUCACGGACCGCAUCCCCGGCUCUCGGCUAAUCACAAAGCGCCAGGUGGACGCGUUCCGCGCGCGGUGGCGGUGCAUCAGCGAGUCGGGACGCUGGGAGAUGGACGAGACGCCUCGCCCCCUCCCCUGGGCUCUUCCGAAUUACACGUUCGGGGGCUGUGAUGUGGUUUUCACCAGGCGCCGCAAAACGCAUCUUGCAGGUGUGCUUGCCGAUGCCGUGGCUCUGGAUCCGAACAUGCAGGAUCGGUGGGUGGUUCGGGGAUCGCUGAUGUAUGAUUGGAGGGUGGAUGAGGAGCGGUGCGGUGGAGGGUUAAGGGAGUUUGAGAGUGGGAGGAUGUGCGAGGUGGUGGGAGGCGGAGGGAAGAACAUUGCGUUUAUAGGCGACUCGUUAACUGGGCAGAUGCACACCUCGUUCUUCAAUCACAUGCGCAUGGCUCAGCGGAAUCCCUCAGACAGCUAUACCAACGGCGACAGCAGCAGCACUAGCAGCGUUAGCAGGGUGGAGGGAAGAACGGCAGUGGAGCAGCGGCCAUAUGACCAGCUGUGCUGUGGAGGAGUGCUGCAGCAGAACCCAACCCUGGGCGAGUGGCAGGUGUGCGAAGGAGCAGCAUUCUGCUCGGCUAGUCAGGACGAGCGGCAGGAGCAGGAAGAGGCAAGGGUGGCAGCAGUUGGCGGGAGGGCUGAAGGUUCUGGUUCAUUCAUUGCUGAUUUUAUUCGGAAUGAUUUUCUAACAGUGGUGGAUCAUCCCCGGUGGAACCUGGACACGUUUGCGGUGGAGCUGCCUUUCCUGGGUUACAUGAGUGGUAACCGCUGCGAUGUUAUGAGACCAGAGAGCGAGAUGGAUGGGACAGUGAAUCGGAGCAAGAAGAGGAACAGACGGCAGAUGAGAGAGAAGCGGAAGGGGAAGAAGGGGGUGCAUGGAGGGGGGGCAGACUUGGUGGGGUCUGGCCAGAGAUCUGCGGAGGACGCCAAACCAGCAGCUAAUCUGACGACGACGCUUCCUUCAGCGGCAGCACUGUACAAAAAGUAUGACAUCCUUGUGAUGAACCGUGGGGCUCACUAUGCUGGGGAUGACGUGUUCGUCCCCGAGCUUCGUGAGACGAUCCUUGCGCUGCGCACGCAUUUCCCGGACGCUCUUAUUGUGUACCGCAACACCCCUCCCGGACAUGCCAACUGCACGCAGUAUUGGGAGCCGAUUUCCAAGCGGCAAACACCGGAGACGUUACCUUACAAUUGGGGUGAUUUUGUAAGGCAGAAUGAAAUGGCUCGUGAGAUUGUGGAGGCAGCCGGUGCAGUGUAUCUGGACGUGGACACGAUGACGUCUCUCAGGGCGGAUGGGCAUGUGGGAAAGAACAGGCGGUACAAGGUAGAUUGCCUGCAUUACUGCCUGCCUGGCCCCAUAGAUCUCUGGACCAAGAUGCUCUACAAUGUGCUUUUAGAGCUGCUCUAG